AUGAAAAUAGAGGUUAGCCCCAAGUGGUCUGAAGAGCGGUGGGCUUACAGUCAAGAUUUGCUAGGUACAGAAUUUAAGGUCCUGGCGAUUGUGGAGCCGAAAAAAAGCUCCGAUAGACUCGGGAGUCCCAUGCGCUUACGCUCGACACGAGACCGUGGGCUGUGA